AAAACUCGAUUUAAUCAAAACCAACACCAAUAAAGUGUUAAGUAGGUGCAAUUAUUGUACAAAAUCAUCAUCUAAUCAAGGGAGAUGAAACUGAGCAGCUUGCCGGAGUUUAAAAAGUAAAAGUAGCAUACCACCAGCCAGAGAACCAGGACUCAGUAUAGACUACUUGUGGUGCACUGCAACUGAUUCUCUCUGCUCCGAAAUCCCAAAGAUUGUAGUCAUGAAUGGAGGAAAAACCAAGAAAUCUUCUCCCAUUUCUCGUGAACAAUUUGUAUCCAUUAUGGCUCCUUUAAUCGAUAUCGAAAAGGAGGCUGAGAUAUCUGCUUCUAUCACAUCUAGUUCGACCAGGAGCGUCGAAACUGCUCAAAAAAAGGGUUCUAUUAUUCUUAACCUGAAGUGUGUUGAUGUUCAGUCAGGAUUGAUGGGAAAGAGUCUUCUUGAAUUUCAGUCCACAAAAGGAGAAGUUCUUCCCCCUCACAAGUUUGGGCCUCAUGAUGUUGUGGUUUUAAAGCUGAACAAGGCUGAUGCCAGUUCUCCUUCCCUAGGACAGGGGGUAGUUUAUCGUUUGAAGGAAUCAUCUAUCACUGUUGCAUUUGAUGAUAUUCCAGAGGAUGGCCUGAAUACUUCAUUGCGGCUUGAGAAAGUGGCAAAUGAGGUGACAUAUCGUAGGAUGAAGGAUACCCUGGUAGAGCUGAGUAAAGGUGUGCAGAAAGGUCCUUCUUCUGACCUAGUUCCUGUACUGUUUGGAGAGAACCCCCCUGCUAGGUCAAAGAAGGAUUUUGAUUUCUCUCCAUUCAACAAGAAUCUUGAUCAUUCUCAGAAAGCUGCAAUUUCUAAAGCCAUGUCAUCCAACAAUGUAUUUUUGCUGCAUGGACCUCCUGGUACUGGGAAGACCACAACCGUCGUAGAAAUUAUCUUACAGGAAGUAAAACGUGGAUCAAAAAUACUUGCAUGUGCUGCAUCAAAUAUUGCUGUGGACAAUAUAGUCGAACGUCUUGUUCCUCACAGGGUCAAGCUUGUGAGAGUGGGUCAUCCAGCACGUUUGCUGCCUCAAGUAUUAGAUAGUGCCUUGGAUGCACAGGUGCUAAGGGGCGACAACAAUUCUCUAGCAAAAGACAUUCGCAAAGAAAUAAAGGCACUAAAUACAAAGCUGCUGAAGGCUAAAGACAAAAAUACCAAGAGGGAAAUUAUGAAAGAGCUACGUACUCUUUCUAAGGAAGAGCGCAAACGACAACAGCUAGCAGUGACUGAUGUUUUGAAAAAUGCAGAUGUCAUAUUGACAACUUUAACUGGAGCAUUGUCUAAAAAAUUGGACAGAUCUACUUUUGACCUGGUGAUUAUUGAUGAAGCUGCGCAAGCACUUGAAGUUGCUUGCUGGAUUGCUCUUUUGAAGGGUUCAAGAUGUAUUCUUGCCGGAGAUCAUCUUCAGCUUCCACCCACUAUCCAGAGUGUUGAAGCUGAAAAGAAAGGCCUAGGAAGAACCUUAUUUGAACGUCUUGCAGACUUGUAUGGGGAUGAUAUUAUGUCAAUGCUCACUGUUCAAUAUCGCAUGCACAAACUUAUUAUGGAUUGGUCAUCUAAAGAGCUGUACGACAGUAAGAUAGAAGCUCACUCAUGUGUUGCUGCACAUAUGCUUUAUGAUUUGGAAGGUGUGAAGAAAACCACUGCAACUGAAGCCACUAUUCUGCUUAUUGACACAGCAGGUUGUGACAUGGAAGAAAAAAAAGAUGAAGAAGACAGUACCCUAAAUGAUGGUGAAGCUGAGGUUGCAAUAGCUCAUGCCAAAAGACUCAUUGAUAGUGGGGUCCAGGCUUCUAAUAUUGGAAUAAUUACACCUUACAAUGCACAGGUUGUGGCAUUGAGGAUGUUAAAAAGUAACGACAUUAAGUUAAAGGAUAUGGAAAUAUCAACAGUUGAUGGUUUCCAAGGCCGGGAGAAAGAAGCUAUAAUUAUUUCAAUGGUUAGAUCAAACUCAAAGAAAGAGGUGGGAUUUCUGUGUGACCGUAGAAGAAUGAAUGUGGCAGUGACUCGUGCAAGGAGGCUAUGUUGUGUGAUUUGUGACACUGAAACUGUGAGUAGUGACCAAUUUUUGAAGCGUUUGAUCGAAUAUUUUGAGGAGCAUGGUGAGUAUCUGAGUGCUUCAGAGUAUGGAAAUGAGUAAAACCAAUAGGAAACUUAAAUUUUUUUACUGCUUGGGCAUUAUGGGUUAUGCUCCUUGAAAGGAUAAUUGGGGACAGGAAUAGCAUUGAUACAACAGUGAAGAUCGUAGAGAAUAACAGGUGCAUUUCAAAAGCCUGUAGGAUCUGUUUAGCCUUUCUACUGCUGUAAAAAGGGAAAACACAGAUAUAAUGGUCUAGACUUUAGAGUUUAGGGGGAGCAGAAAGUUACCUUCAAAACAGUUCUAUACCCUUCAUCAACACAUGUUAGCAGCUCGGUUUCUGUAACCUUUGAAUUUGAGCUUUCAUGUUACAAAUUGAAUUUGAAAUAGACUUCAUAUCUGGAAAUUGCAUCAGUUUCUGUGUUCUGUCA